UUUUUCAUUUUGAUGUUCUAUGAAUGGAAUUUGUCUUAAAAUAUUUGCUUUAAUAAGAGUGUUUCAGAUUAAGUUACUGGCAUGUUGGGAUAUACAUCCAGUCUAUUUGAAACGGGCUUUUUUGCUAUACUGUCAUGCUACUGUUUUAGAGACAUGAGAAUUCCUUCACUUCUUAAUGCUCUCAAAAUUGCUUCAUUCACCUUAGGUUACUGAAUCAUAUCAUGUUACUUCAAUGUUCUACUCUCUCAUCUUCAGGUAUUUGCUCUUAUAUCUCAGAUUAUUUGAAACUUAUACAAACUAUGAGUGUAAAUACCAACCUGAUGCGUGGAUCCUAUGGUGGCACCAUGGGAGUUCCUCAGCAGUCAAUCAAUCCUGGCAGCAAUAGUGGCCUACAGGCAACGCCAACUUCGCAACAACAGUCCUCUUCAAAUGCUGGCGGCAGCACAAAUAACACAACUAGUGCAGGCACAAGUGCUACCGGUGCUGUUGCUGCUGCUGUGGCAGCUGAGAGCCAACAACAGAUAAAUACUCUAUCUUACUGCAAAGUUGGGGCUGAAACAGUUCAAGACAUAGUGUCUCGAACAAUUGAGCUUUUCAGUUUGCUCAAGUCUAUACAGCUCCCAAACGGAACGCCAAGUGGCACCCAACUCAGUGUUGACAACAGGUCUCGCAUUCAAGAGAAUAUCAACAGAACGAGGCACUUGUUCAAGCGUCUGCACAUCAUCUAUGCUAAAGUCAACGAGGACUGCAGUGGCAUGGACUACACUCCAAUCGAAUCGCUGAUACCAUACCGCGAUGAUGUUGAGAGUCGUCCCGAUUUGAAGAAGAAAAGCGACUCCUAUCGACAUCACGCAGAAGAAGUUCAAGAUCUAAAAGAACAAUUGUGUAUGCGGUCGCGGUACCUGAAGGACAUAAUAGAUGAGCUGCGUAAGAUCAUAUGGCAGAUCAACGCCAUGCUGGCGGUCAGGGCCGCGUCGUGACAACUCGGACGCAAGUGCAUCGAGUUCUCAUCGAGCCACGCAAUCAUAAUAGUUUUUAGCUUGAAGCGUAUCUAAGUGACAUAUGCGGUGAACGUACCUAUUAGCUAUCCUGCUUUUCAUGUCAUUAAAUAUUCGGUGUUCUAAAAAAAUAGAGAUUUUGUUAAGUAA